GUCAGUGAAAAUAAACAUUUUGUAAUACCAAUUUUGUACAGUAAUUGUUUCACCUGGAAUUUGGUCAAGGUGUGGUCAAAAACACACAAAAAAACUUUGGUGAUUAUUUACAGCUAUGGGGACAUCGCAUUAUCUGGCCUUGUUGGUGAUUUUGGUGUCACUAACAAGAAGCUGUUACGCACUUGGAGAAGCGUGCACUGCUGAUGACACAAGGAAGUGUACUGGUACUGGAGUGGUUUGUGGGGGGAGCAACAUCUGUGUGUGUGACUCAAACCACUACCCCUCUAAUGGAGGAUGUACAGAAAGGAAGCAAUUAGGUGAAAUUUGUACUAGCCACGAGGACUGCACUUCCUUUAACAAAAAAACAAUGUGCGGCUCUGCUCGGAAAUGUCAGUGCCGAACCAAUUACUAUGACAGUGAUGGAAACGUUAAUGUUGGAGGGACAUGUAUAUCAAAGAAAAAACUGGGUGAAGACUGUUCAACAAACAAGGACUGCACUUCCAGUGACUCAAAUUCAGAGUGCCAUGGUCGCAAAUGCCAGUGUCAGUCCUCCUACUAUGAUGGCAAUGGAAACACCGGUGGAGGAACUUGUGCAUCAAAGGUAAACCUUGAAGGUUCAUGUACCGCAGCAACAUUAGGCUCUGGUGACCCAUGUAACACAGCGUUUGCAGUGUGUACCGGAAGUGAAUCCUUCUACACCUGUAAGUGUCGGAGAGGAUAUUACAAGUCAGGUGGAAAUACUUGCAGUAAAGUUGGGGUAGCUCUUGGGUCUAGCUGCACCAUCCCUACUACUGAAAGGGGACCAACUAUAACGGAUGCCUGUAGAAUUACGUUUGCUGAGUGUAGGGCAACCAGUGAUUCAUUAUCGACAUGUCAGUGCACUGCUACACACUAUUCAUCAGGACCAGAGUGCAGGCAAAGGCAGCAAUUAGGAGAAAUUUGUUCCAGCCAUGAGGACUGCAGUUCCUUUGACACAAAUUCAAUAUGCGGCCAUGGUCGCACAUGUCAGUGCCAAACCAAUUACUAUGACAGUGAUGGAAGCAUUAAUAAUGGAGGGACAUGUUUAUCAAAGGUUGGUCUUGGGUCUGCUUGUCCUCGGCCAGAUGCUUGUAAACCUACAUAUUCAAUUUGUUCUAAAAUAAAUGUAUGCAUCUGUGAUAGAACUCACUAUGAUAACAAUGGGGUCAAUGUAUCCGGUGGAGAUUGUUAUACCAGUAAGUGAUUAUGUUUGUUUUGAUUAAGAAGAUAAUGAAAUCCGUUACAUCCCCAUGAUAUUAUUCCAUUUAUGCCGCCCUUUUGUCUUUGUUUCCCAUUGUAUUUUAUAAUUAUGCCCCCUGGAAAGCUAUAUGCAUAGUGUUGUGCUAUUCCGUAUGUCUGUAUGAUUUUAAACUGUCUCUCUAAUACCAUUUUUAAUUGUCAACCAUUUCCUAGUCAAAUAACUGUUUUUAUUUACAUAGAAAUGGAUAUUAAUUUUAGACUUUUGCAACAUUUUUUUACCUCUCCUAUUAUAUGAUAAGUAUUACAAUACAAAUGAUGCUUACCAAUACAGGAAGACAUGCAAGUCAAGUAAGAAUUUUACAAUUUUAUAUUUG